GCUGGUUGGAUAAAUAAAUGCUGUCUUGCUGUGUUUGGAAUUCAACAAAUGCAACUUGUGGUUUUAUGUGGAAACUAUAUGCGGCUUUGAUGCCGUCUGUGCGUUUGACGCACCGUUUUCGAAAUCUUUUGCUAUCUUUUGUUAGUUGUAAUAGACUAUACAUUGUGCAUAACAAGAAAAUAUAUAAACGCUUGUAGAUAAUAAUUUGCAGCUUGCUUGAAUACUCGAUGUCUGUGCCUUUGCCGCGUUGUUUUUGACAUUCCUUUGGACAUAUUUUGGAGUACUACGCUGCCACCAGAAAAUGCACGCAAGAGCAAGCACACGACCAGCUUCAGUAUGAGUAAAGAAAGUAAAACCAGUUAAUUUGUAACUAUGUGUGUAGUGAAAUUGAACAGCUAUUACAAUGCUUCAGUAUAAUUUACAGCUUUAAAUCAACUUUAUUAUGGGUAACACAGGUAGCAGAAGGAAAAAAGUUGCACCUGCGCUAGUGAAAGAAGUUAACAUAUGCGAUCGUGACUGCUGUCACAUCGAUCGAAAUGAAAGUUGUCUGUUCACGUCUCAAACGUCAAAUGUUAAUGUCACGCGGAAAAGAACACAGCUAGAUCGUCACAGUGACCGUCAAGAUUUGGAUUUUUCAGCGGACGAAAACCUUGCUGAAGAAGUGGACCGUAUCCUCGAGACUUGCGAAGGUACCGCAGCCAGACCGAACAAUGGAUCCUCUCAAAACCCAUUAUUCAGGUCUAAAAUAUAUGGCUUAUAUUUUGCCAAAUGUGAUCAAAGUCACAGUAAAACAACUCGCAACGCCAAUCUUUCGCAGAAUUCAGGAUUGCACAGUGAUCAUUUAAAGGUUGACGGACUUAAGGUCAAAAAAGAAGUUUGUGCUCAAAAUAAACCAGGCCCAGUCGAUUCUCAUAAAAAGAAUAUAGUAGCGGUUGGGAGAGCAGGUCCAGUAUGCACAAAGACAGUCUUAGUUCCUGAAAUUUGUAAUCACCCUUCUCAGGUCCUGCCUGUCACAUAUGAUUCUUCUGAAGAAGACCUGAUGAACAUGAUCGAGAGAGAAUUUGGUUAACAAAAUAGACAUAUGUGGCACUUUAUCCUAGAUGCUGUUCUCAUAUUGCUGUACAUAUCUAACAGUGAUGUAAUGUGUCUAUAUACCUUUUUUGCAGAACCAUAAAAUGUAUUUUUUGCAUACAUUUGUCCAAUUUCCUGCAUUUUGUUGAAAUAUUGCAAUAAUGAGCAGUAAAUGUUUUUAUAUUUCA